CUUCUGUUUUCUCUCGAAAUUUAUUUUGUUUUGGUAAACGUUCUGAUUGCUGCGUUUUCCAUUCCAUCCAUACUGAUCGCGAGCCGCAAACAUUCCGCUUUUCCUCAAUUUCCAUCCAUCAGUUCGCGACCCGAUCCCCCGCAAUAACCCGUACCGGUGGUGGAUGCUGCUGUGCUGACAAAGUCGGUCCGUGUGUAGGUGUAUCUGAUUUAGCGCACGAGAUUUCACGUUUUAUUUGCGCGAACCGAGAGUGUUUGGUGUGCGUCGGGUCGUGAAAAUCGGAUCAGGAUCAAGCCCCAAGCAAGAAGUGAACGUUGGGUUUUCACCAAUCAGUCAGUCCGAAGCUGUAAGUGCAAGAAACAAACACGAGUUGCGAUUCGUAUACGUAGUUCGCUCGGUCGAAACGGGAGGAAAGAAAAUUAUUUUCGCACUUUUCAUCGCGAAACUCAAGCUGUGUGCAGCGUGGAAGAAAAUCAAGUCGCAAAACGCGUUCGGGUGGAUUUCAUAACUUUGAAUAAAGUACUGAUCAGGAAAACCAUUUCCAUAAAUACAACGGAGUGCGGACACGGUUUGAAACUGUCCAGUGCCUGUUUGAUUUGCAACGCCGUCGAGCAGUCCCUUGCAUGGAGGCGGAAAUGACCAAAGAAGUCAGUCCGGUUCCGAGACCGGAACGGGGUCGGGAGUUUAACAAAUUAUCGCUGGUACAUCGAGUUUACUACGCCUGCAAGGAUGGCUUUGCCCGGCUGCUGCUGGCCACGCUCAAGGACAUCAGCUGUGAGCACGAUCGGAAGGCCAUCGUCGAUCAGGAAAUUUCCGAGGAAGAGAGCCAACUGUACACUCCGCUGAUCGUGGCUGCCCUAAAUGGCCACUACGAUGUGGUCCACAUCCUUUUGACCCAGGUGAAACCCAACAUGGAAAAAGAGGGCCGUGUUAAGUUUGAUGGCCAUUUGAUCGAAGGUGCUUCGGCGCUGUGGGUUGCCUCUGGGGCAGGGCACCUAAACAUUGUCAAACUGCUUAUCGAACAUGGUGCAGAUGUGAAUCACCACACGAAAAAUCUGUCCACUCCAGUAAGGGCGGCCUGCUUCGAUGGACGGUUGGACGUCAUCCGGUAUCUGGUGGACCACAAUGCGGACAUUAAUUUGCCAAACAUUUAUAACAAUACUUGCUUGAUGAUCACCGCGUACAAGGGUCAUGCCGAAGUGGUGGAGUUCCUGUUGGAGAACGAUGCAAUGCUGAAUGAACAGGCCAACUGUGGGGCUACUGCGCUGCAUUAUGCAGCAGAAUGCGGUCACCUGGACGUCUGUACAGUGCUACUGGAUUACGGUGCAGUACUCAAGAAGAAUGAGUACGGAAUGACGGCUGUGAUUUGUGCCUCGGAGAGGACACGGGAACCUGUGGUACAGUUGUUUGUGAAUAAAUCGGGCCUGCUGACCCGUGAAGAGCAGAUUGACGCUUUGGAACUGAUAGGUGCUUCGUUUGCGAAUGAUAAGGACAAUUACAGCUUGGUGAAAGCGUUUCAUUAUUUGAUUUCGGCGAUGGAGUUAAGGUACGAAGAUCCGGACAACGUUAUUCGCAAACCGCUGCUGCCUUCCAUCUCCGCCUAUGAACACUGGAUCGAAUGCCAAACCAUGCAGGACCUACAGGCAAUCCGGUAUAACCACAACUCACUGCACAUGGAAUCGCUGACCAUACGGGAACGCAUCCUGGGCCGACACUGCCCCGAGGUGGCCCACUCGAUUGUCUUCCGUGGAGCGGUAUGCGCCGAUAAUGGUCGGUUCGACCGCUGCGAGAGUCUCUGGCUUCACGCGAUGCAUUUGAAACAGCAAAACUCACUCUCGGUUCAGCGGGACUUACUGCGCUUUGCGCAGCUUUUCUCACAGAUGCUCUCUAUCAAUGUUCCUCUGCGAUUUUGCAACGUGGUCGAUGUAUUGACGGCGUGCGUCGAUGAAUUGGCGCAGAAUAAAAACAAAAUGAUCGAUCCGGGUGAAAAAGAUCUGCUGGAAGUGAUAGCCGAAGAGUACGAACUUAAUGUGGUUACGGUACUGUAUUUAAUUACCAUCAUAACCAAGUUGAUAAAACUGAAAAAUGCAGAUAUUACGGAGGAGAAUCUCAGGGACGUAUAUAGACUAGUUUAUAAGUUAAAUAAUUUAUCUGUGAGGCUCAGAGACGAUCAGACACUGCUGCAUCUUUCGGUGAACGGAGUCACUCCGGUUGACGAUUUUCACACGGAUGAUAUCUGUAGAUUUCCGUGUGUUGACACUGUGAAGCUGUUACUGAAGUGCGGUGCAUCAUUGUCCGUGAUGGAUGCUGAUCGGAAUACUCCUUUGCAUACACUUUGUUCUACGUUGCAGACUGCCGUCAUUCGAAUGUCGGAAAGCGACGUGAAAACUAUCGUGCAAGAUUUGGUCGAGCUGUUCAUCGAUGCAGGUAUCCACCUGGAUGCGGUCAACAGCGACGGUCUGAAGGCAUCACAGGUUUGCGUUCAAAGCUCUGUAGCUACAUUCAUCAAGGCCUACGAAACACGUGCAAUCAAUCUGAAAUGUUUGGCCGCCCGUUGCAUAGCGUUGCAUCGGGUAGCGUACAAGGAGGCAAUUCCUCGACAGUUGGAGACAUUCGUGCAGCUGCAUUGCUCGGAAAAAUUUUAAACUCUCUAAGCCUUUUACCGUGUCUUCCAAACAUAACCUUGACAAGAAAUUUAUUAAACUAUAAUAGACACAUUCUUUAUUGUCACGUCAUAAUUUCUGAUUUUUAUUUGAUGAAUAAUAUUUUCAAAAAAGGAGGCUUAUGAAAUUAGCUGAAAGUGACAUAAUAUGUAUGUACGUAUUAAUAGAAAUUAUACUCAAAAGGACAUUUUUAUGUCAGACGUUACCCGUCUUUGGAGAAUGUGUCCACCAUUAAUUUAGUUCACAAAUGAAGGAAACAAAAAAGCAAUUUAUUCUAAAACCCUUCCUUUGAUUAGCUAUACUCAAAGUCAACGAUUGUGAUUAAAAUAGAAUUGCAUAUAACAAAUGUUUGGCUGUAAGAGUGAGGACAUGAGUCGUAAAAUGAGCGAACAAUCUCGUUUUCAAAUAACUUUGAUAUUAUUUUGUAAGAUGGACAAGCUCACUAUUCAUUUUUCGUUGUGGUGAAAAAUCGAUUUUUCUUCUAGAAAACAGGUAAAACAGAAAUAUU